AUGAUGAAGACUUUUUUUCUUGUGGCAUUUUUUCUUUUUGGCUUUGCCAGCGCCAAACCAAAACCGGCAAAGCGAGCGUUGUCAUGCAAAGGUAAGAAGUCUCUCAUUUUUGUUACUGUUCUAAGUUCAAACCUCUAAUUUUCGAAGUGACUGCGAUUUGGAGUGUUUUGUUUUCUGUUGUUUGUUUUUUUCCUUAAAAUGCAUAAAUCGCAAUGAAACGAUUUAACAGUAAGAACUGUAACUGUAUCCAACCUAAGAUUGUUGAUUAAAGAAUUGCAUCCUUUAAUUUUUUACCCAACUUUUAUUGAAUGUAUUUUUCUUAUUGCUGUUCUCUCCAGCCUUUCCAGCUAAGUUGAGUGGGAGACUUUACAUGGUAAGUUCAAUUAUUUCUCUCAAGAGUGAUCAGCCGGUUGAAUCAGGUACUAAGUGUUGCAAGGCAAUAAAAAACAACGACAACAACAACAAUAAAUUAAAGAUAUUAAGUAAGUUCAUCGGUUCAAUAAGGGUAAAAGCUGUUUGAAUUUACAUACUUGGCAGAGAACGAAUAGACUACGCAUGAGAGAUCACCCGAGUCAAUCUGCGACACUGAACUGAACUGGCUUCUUAAUUCCCAAAACGAGGGGAUCUAAAGCUUUCACUACAGCUAUCUUAUAUACAACGCUGUGUCGAGAAAUUACUCACCUUGCGAGAUUCUCGCCUACAAUGUAGAGUCACAUCUUCUUUAAACUGUAAGAUUCUGGAUCGUUCGGAGCUCACUUACGACGAAGUGAAUGAGGGGGAAAAGAUAAAUCUAAGGUCGGUAGUCACAUGACUUAAACAGCUAAAUUUAUUUUUGGAAUUUUAAGAGACAAUUUGGCUCAGUGGUUUGGGCGCAGGGCUGGUAAUCUGGUGGUAUUAGGUUCAAGCCAUCCACCUUGCUACUCACCGGAAUGUUUCUUGGUUACCCCGAGUUUCACAUCUUGACUACGCUUUGUUUAUGGCCAGCUGGCACGCCUUUGGCCAGUUUGGAAUUUAAACAUGCUACUUUAAUGAACAUUUUUUGUUUCCAAUUCAUUUACGUAUUAGCCCUGAAAAUCCCCUUUAGGGUGAGCGCUCAAUUAAGGAGAAAUACAUACAACUGUACAUGCAUACAUACAUACAUACACCCCAUACACAUAUAUACAUCUAUGUAGAUAUAAGCUUCUGACUCUUGUCCUAUCUUUUGAUAACAUUAGAUUGAUUAAUUAAUCCGUGUUUGUCCACUAUCUAGGUAAUAGUCAGUGGCUCUGGAGGCACGUCUAAGCUUGAAAUAACGUUCAGCAUGGACUCAGAACGCGAGAUAGCGCAUUUAACGUCACAAUAUGCCGGUACCGAAAUUAACAUAAUACAGGAUUACAAAGGGGUAAAUAAGUUCGUUUCCUUUUGUUCGCCUAAUUGUUUUUGGAAAUUGUGGAAUCAUCCUCGCCAGUUAUUGAGAAUCAAACUACAUAAUCAUUUUAUUUUAGUUUUUUCUUUUGCUUGUUUGAUUCUUGUUUAUUUGUAUUUAUCUUUUGUUUAAUCUUUGUAUUGUUUUGUUUGACUUGUAUUUGCAAGUGUGUUUCGAAUAUAUGUUUGACUGGCAUAACCAGCUCUUAUCAGAAAAACUGGUUUUACCCAAAAUGCAUCCGACCAUUAGCAAAUGAAUGAGGUGCUAUAAAAUGAUAUGGACAUUUUGCUCCACAGGGCAAGACAUACACGAUUUACCCCCAGGGAUGUUAUUCUUCACCGCUCGAGGGUGAAUUGUUUCCCCUUAACCAACUCAAAGGCUUAACGUUGGAAGCAAGCGGAAAACUUGGACUGAAUGGCGUCAAGGUUAAUGUGUAUGGAGGAAUGGUAGAUCAAGGCAAGUGAUGUACUUCUUUUGCAAAUAUUUCGGCGCACGAUCUAGAACCUAAAUUAUUUCUUCACAACUGAACGAUGAAUUUCCUCAUGAAGCUAUUCUUUUCUGAAAUGGACUCCUUUCCUUUUUGGUCGCAAAGAAAUUUAUUUUGAAUUCAGUUAAAUUGACCUGAAGAAAACAAUCAGUAGAGACGAUAGAAAAAGCGGGAAAAAAAGAAAGAACACACGCAAAAAAAUGAAGUCUCUAAAACAUACCAGAGCGGCUAACGUUAGCCGAAUCGACACCCUCUAUCGUUCUGCGUCGAGAAUAUUAAUGUCUGCAAUCGUACGUAGUAAAAAGAGAAGACACUGAACUAAACCUCAACGACAAUGAUGGGAAUGACAGAUCGUAAAAACGAAUGUGGUUUUACUGAGUAACAUGAUCUACUACUCACCUCUCUUUUCAUCGGUCGGUAGGGCACUAAAGCAGACAGAUUAAAAUUAGAUGAAGUACUACAGGUAAUGGACGAUUAUUUUGAUUGUGGAUGUUUCAACCUGCAGCCCAUUGGAUUUUUACUUUCGAGGAUAACGAUAGCGAAGUGUGCAUACCAGUCAGCUUUGGUUCAACGAAAUCGGGAUCUGCCACCUCUGGAAGGUAUUCAAUAGACUGUAAUUGUGUAAAGCACAUUCUGAUUGAGUUUUGCAACCGAAAGCUAGUAUAAUCACAACUAAUCAGAGCGAGAAAACAUAUCAAAAUUAAGCCCCGGAGAACUAAGCGUAAAAGCAAGCUAAGUUUCGUAGGGCAUGAAAAUUUGGGCGUCCAAGUACUCAUCUAAUCCAGUUUUCACCCAAUUGAUUGAGAGGAUGGCGCAAGUUUGUUAAACCCAAUAUUGAGCCAAAUUAUUUCACUUUGACGUUUGGCUUUUCGCCUCUCAUAAUAUUUUUCUUCCCAAAUCAUCUUUUAUUUUCCUUGUUUAAGCAGCGGAUCGCCACAAAAACAGCAGUACAAAAGAAGUAGUUUGCGUACUUAUAAGAGAGCUUGAGCGAAGACGCUUUUGAGGCGCAAGUGGUUAAAUAUGCCAGAAGGGUCCAUUCUUCUGAUUUCCUUCUGCGACUUACCAACGUCUCUGCAAAAUUUCCCCUUAUGCCAAUGAAGUUUACUCGUGUACUUGCCAGUCUCUUAUCAGUCUCCCUAGCUUUCCUGCAAAUCUAUGGCAUUUAUAGCAUCAAAAACAACAACGAACAAAAACUCGAGAGACAAAAGCAAAAUGCGAACAAGGCUCGCGCAUGGCAUGUCGCACUUUUUGUUGUCAUUUUUGUUGUCGUUGUUUAUCACUGUUUUUGGUUGUUCUCACAUAGUUGGAUAGGUAGAGGUAUUUGAUUAACACAGAUCAGAGAGGUUUCGUGAAAUCCAAUAUGUUAGAUGCUGCCGUAAAUCGUGCGAAUCGACUUCUGAUAGUCCGAACUGAAUAAAGUCACCUUAAAAAUACCCGAUCAUUGCGAUCAUUGCACUUUCAAUCUCAAACCUUCUGUGUUGACAGUGUGGCUUCUUGACGAAUUUUUGUUUGUAUUUAGGUUUUUGGACUUGAGCGAAAGCGUCGAUCCUGAAAAGCUUCAGAUCCCAGAAGAUUGUAAUGCUUCGCCGCAGCGUAGAUCCCUUCCAGACCUGCUACAUCCAAACAAUAUUCAUACCGCGAGCGUACAAGCCGCUAUGAAAAGAGGAUUCGCCUGGCUCGGCACUCAAAGGGACCAGAAAAGAGGAUUCCCUUGGACUCAUUUCCAGAGAAGGGGAUUCCCUUGGACUAACUAACCUGCAGCUUGCUGACAAAGAGUCAUUAUCUUGACCCGUCAAAGUACAACAGAGAAUGGAAAGUUUAACCCUUGCUCAGUCGAUUCACUUUUGAAUAAAUAUAUGACUGUAGUUGCCUCUUGAGCAUUGAAUUAAAGUUGAUUUGUUAAUCAUUACUCGAGCAAGUGUAACUAUUCGCUUGUUAACGGUAUAAUAAUGAUCUCUCUUUCACCAGCAUGACGCUGAGAAAAAGCAAUGUGAAUUGCCUUCUAAUGAGAAAGUUAAAUGUUGCAAAAUCUUUCGUGCGAGUCUGGAGGCCACACCGUGUUUUAUUGUUUUUGUUUCAGUCAUUAUUUCACCUUUGUGAGCAUUUUUUUCCAUUGGAAACAUUUUCUGUUUCCCUGCUAUGGCCAUAGGACAAGAAAGAACAGUUUAAGAUUUUUUUCACACAUCGUAGAUAGAAAAAAAAAUUAAAGUUUACUCAAUCUUCUUACGACCAAUGGUUAAAAUUUGUCCAUUUUUACACCAAGCUGCUAAAUUUUUUUAGCCAUCUUACGGCUAGCGGUUAACUUCUUUAACAUCCAGAUUAAAAGUUUGAAAACUUCUCUAACAAUAGCAUUUGAAAGCUGAAUAAUUCCUGAAGAAAUGACUCUUGAAUGAAUGGUACCGUAUAAGAAAAGGGGGAAGGUGGGUAAAUGGAAGAGUUAUCCAACGGUAUUAGUUUUUUCACUACAGCAGUUUCUACUCGUCCGAUAAAGUAUUGUCUAAUGUGCAUAUUGGGUUGUUUACAAUAAAUACCCGAUAAUAAACCGUUUAAAUUGUUUGUUUCACGAUGUAGUCAUUUGAGAUGUGACUGCUUGUUUUCACCAGGUGAUGGGGUCGACUGCUCACGUGUUACCAUUUGUUGUAUCACGGCGAUGUGAUGCUAUCGAUGGAUUUCGAUCCCCAUUAUUCCGGUGGGAUCUGGUUUUGCGAGAGGUCUUACUCCAAGUUGUUUCCUCGGCGGUUUGCUGUCAUACCGGUCUCCUGUUGUGUUUCUUGAUCGUUGGUAUCCACGCUUCAGGAAUUUCGUUUCAGGAAUUUCGCCAUGAUACAGAUGGUAACGCGCACUGCAAAGCACACUGUUUCAGGGGUGUCGAGCAAUGCUUGUGUAAUGAGUCUUCAAGAUGACGUCUUUAAAACAACAAAUACAAAUAUAUAAAAGCACAGCAAACAAUACUUACUUUAAAAUGACUUGCAAAGCAAAAAAAAAUCACGCGAGAAGCCAUAUCCUACCGCCUUGCUAUGACUAAUUUAGUAAAAGCAUUGGUCUAAAGGCUUUAAGUGUAUUUCUAUUCUUUUUAAUCAUUUUGUGGGAUAUUUUUUCCCGGGAAAAUCGAUUGUAAUUUCGCCACUUUAAAUGAACAAAUCAAACUUUAAAUUUUGAGAUUCGCCGAGAAAUUUCCAAAGCAGCGAAGAAUAUUUUUUGUCGAAAAUGAGCCGAAAUAAAAAUCAAGGUCUAUAAGGAAAAAACCCAAAACUCAGCAGUGAUGAAAGUAAGUGUUCACCCAUUCAUCCCCCGAGGGUCAUUAAUUACAGCUAGAAUGAUAAGAGUGUUUGCAAUCAACCUUUCAGGAUAUUUCAACCUUAGCUUUUUCUCUAUAAUUAAAUUAAAAUUUUCAUUUUAAUGUUUUUGACAAAUGUAGGAUGAGUAUGAAUUUCUUUAAACCUUAUGUGAACGGAUUUUGAUAAAUUUUACGUCGUAUCAGUAAAUUUGUAAUUUCUUCGAAACCUGUUAGAAUAUAAAUCGAAACAAAACUUUACAAGAAAUGUAAAUAUUUUUAGCGUGCAAAGGUAAUGAUUGAAGAUUGGGGUUAUGUUUACUAAUGAACCUAACGAAAACUUUUAGUGUGAACGCGCUAUCGCCUAAUGAAUGGCUACUUUAACACUUUUUGAUUACAGUCACCUUGGUAGUAUUUUUUUUUUAUUAUUAAUAUAAUGUUUGCUCUUGUGAAGAGACAACAUUACUUAGAAAUUCUCGUUUUGCCUUCGUGUUAUAUUAUGAGGGGCUAGAUGGGGUUAUGGUUUUUACGGCUGACGGCUAAUUUCUUUCCAUUAUAAUUAAAAAAAUGGUUUAGCGUGACCCCAAAUAGUUUUUUUCGACAAAUGGUUUGAAAAAACGGGACAAAAAAAAUUUUACAUCAUUUACGACGACUAAUUUGUUCUCGACAUUUUAGAACCUUACUGGUUAACUCCAUUCAUUGUUUUAAGACGAUCAACAACAACUCAAAGAGUGCCUAAAAAUUAUUAAAACUCAUUUUCAUAGUUUUAGAAGUUUUGAAAUACAGUGGAAAGUCUUCUUAAAGGCGAUUCUUACCACGGUGGACUGGUCAUGCGUGAUCUCAUAAAGAUGAUGCAAUCUGAAUCAAAUGGAAUGACAAAACAGCUGAUAACAUGCAUCAUUUUCGAUCCUUGCUUUUAAGUCUAGACAGUCAGAACCUCGGCGGUCCGAAACUGUAACACGAUUCAUUGUUUUUGACGAAACUACAACUUUUUUGAUCGUGGAAAAUCCUUUAAAAACUAUAUAGUUAAAUUUCUACAUACCACUAAAUACUUUUGAUGUUGUUGUAUUUGAGUGGAGAUUUUACCAUGGUCAUUGACCAUUUGAAUUGCCUCCUGCAAGAUGAAAUAAGAAUCUGAAACAAAAGGAGUGACAAAAAUGCAUCAUUUUACACAACAGCACAUUUAAAUUCUAGACAGUCAGAACCAUAGCUGAGAAACGUGAUAAAGCGAUUCAUUGUUUUAAGACGACGAAACUACUACUAAAUGGCGCCUAAAAACUAUAAAAACUGUAGGGUUGUGACGUAGACCCCACAUAUACUGUUCCUUGUAUUUUUGGCGGUUACGGCGUAAACCAACUGCUGUAACACUAAACCAUUUUGGUUUGAACUAAACCUUUUGUCGUCACGCUAAACCAUUUCACAUUACGGUGAGUAGAUUGAUGGGAUACUAAGCAAUUGCGGCUCACGAUUAACCAUUUCCGAUAACCUAAGCCAUUUCACACUACUCUGAACCGUUUGUGUCAAGUCACUGAACCAAAGUACAGUUAGCUGAACCGUUUGUCAUUUCGACACUGAACCAUUUCAGGUAACACUUGGCCAAUCGUGUUUUUAUUGAAUCAGUUCAACAAGGGUGGCUACACAUGCAGUUUCUGAAUUGUAUAAAUCAUUUUUUGUUUGAAUAAUUAACUUCACCAAAGGCGACUUGUCCAUUUGUAUUUUAAAUAAAUCUCGUGAGAUAAGAUAAAGCGUUCUCCAAAAGAUAAUUAGACCCUUUCUGUUGAUUACAAACCAUUUAUUAUGCAUAUGUUUUUGGCGGUGACGGCCGCCCAUAGAGGACCAUUUUACUCCAAACAGUCAAAGCUGUCAGGUUUAUGAAGCAGCAAAUAAUUUCCUAAUCUCAUACAGAUAAGCCCCGCAUCCCAGAUUUGUGGAAAGUGACAGGACAAGGUAAAACAAUUUGCGCAUACGAUAUAGUUUUGGCGAUCGAGUUUGUUGUGUAACUGAAUUCUAUUUGUGAACUUUUUAACCAUUUCAAGGUUAUUAAGGGAAAAUAAUGGAAAUAUCAAACAAUUUAAACCAACACAUUAAAAACACCCAAUCAUGUGCGUAGCGAGAUCAAAAACCUAAAAAUCCAAACUUACUAUUCACUUGAUUGAUAUAAUGCAAACUUUUAAAAUACUUAAAUUUCAUCAUAUACUUUAAAGGACUUCGAAUUCAUCUUUAAAAACUAAAUUAUCCUCUUCUAAAUUAUGAAGGCAUUUAGCAAGUAUGUGCAUCACACUUGAUGGCACAGAAAUUAAAAUUUCGGGAAUGUAAUUUUUGCAGGUUGGCCAUUUCUUUACGAUGAAGGUAGAAUUUUGCAGUCAGGGAUGAUCGAGAUUUCUGCUGAAAAAUAAUGUUUGAGAUUUCCUAUCCAAGCAAGCUGAACAUUAGGAAGGAAGAAAGCGUAAUAUAUCAAUUUAUCUAGAAACCAUAGUUGGGGUAACAUCUUCAUCCUCUCGCUCAGAAAGUCGUUUUCUGAGUCCGUAUCAUAGUAACACCUGACUUCACAAAGACUCGCACAACAACAACAACAACAAAAAUCCCACAAGAGGCCAAAAUGCUGCCCCCUUGCCAUGAAAAGUUUCAUAAAAGCGUUGGCUUAAAAAAAUUCAUGAGCAUCUUUUUAUUAUUUUCAAUCAUUGUGUUGGUGUUGUUGCUGCGGAACCUUUCGAAAAGUCUGCAAACUUUCAUGCGAUACAGUAGCGACCACUUCCCACAAAAUCUCUUAAAAAUUUCACCAACGCAGCUAGGCAAAUCUAAUUUUGAAAUACUUUCAAUGAUUUUUUCUAAAGCUUUAAGCAGCUGUGCGCUUGCUUUAAACUUGGACUGAGCAAAAUGGGGUGUAAUUCCAUCUAUUUAAUAGUAAGAGAAAUGUUCUCUCCAUGCAUAGCUCAAGGAGUUUUAAAAUUAUUUUUUAGUGAGCUUCGAACAGCUGAUUACACCUUUAUAAAAAGGUGACAUAAAUAUGUUUGAUUGACAUAAAUAUGUUUGAUUGACAUAACCAUGUUUGAUUGACAUAACCAUGUUUGAUUGACAUAACCAGGAUAUAAAGAUGAAACAUAGGCUCUUCAGUGCAUUUUAGCGAUACAGCUUGAUGAUGAAGACUUUUUUUCUUGUGGUUUUUCUUCUUUUUGGCUUUGCCAGCGCCAAACCAAAACCGGCAAAGCGAGCGUUGUUAUGCGAUGGUAAGAACAAGUCUCUCAUUUUUGUUAAUGUUUUAAUUUCAAACCUCUUAUUUUCGAAGCAACUGCGAUUUAGAGUUUUUUGUUUUCUGUUGUUUAUUUUUUUCUUUAAAUGCAUAAAUCGCGAUGAUAACGGUAAUAGCUAUAACCUACUUAACUUAUUCAACCUAAGAUUGUUGAUUAAAGAAUUGCAUCCUUUAAUUUCUUACCCAACUUUUAUUGAACGUAUUUUUCUUAUUGCUGUUCUCUUUAGCCUUUCCAGCUAAGUUGAGUGGAAGACUUUACAUGGUAAGUUCAAUUAUUUCUCUCAAGAGUGAUCAGCCGGUUGAAUCAGGUGCUAAGUGUUGCAAGGCGAUAAAAAGCAACAACAACAACAACCGCAGCAAUAAAUUAAAGAUAUUAAAUAAGUUCAUCGGUUCAAUAAGGGUAAAAGUUGUUUGAAUGUACAUACUUGGCAGGGAACGAAUUAAACUGGCUUUUUCUUAAUUCCCAAAACGAAGGGAUCUAAAGCUUUCACCACAGCUAUCUUAUGUACGACGCUGUGAGAAAUCACUCACCUCGUGAGAUUCUCGCCUACAAUGUAGAGUCACAUCUUAAAACUGUAAGAUUCUGGGUCGUUCGAAGCUCACUUACUACAAGGUGAACGAGGGGGAAAAUCUAAGGUCGGUAGUCAUAUGACUUAAACAGCUCAAUUUAUUUUUGGAAUUUUAAGAGACAAUUUGGCUCCGUGGUAUGGGCGCUGGGCUGGUAAUCUGGUGGUAUAAGGGCCAAGCCAUCCACCUUGCUGCUCACUGGAAUGUUUCUUGGUUACCCCGAGUUUUACAUCUUGGCUGCGCCUUGUUUAUAGCCAGCUGACCUGCCUUAAGCCAGUUUGGAAUUUAAAAGUGCUACAUUAAUGAAAAUUUUUUGUUUCCAAUUUUGUACGUAUUAGCCGUGAAAAACCCCUUUAGGGUGAGCGCUCAAUUAAGGAGAAAUACAUACAACUGUACACCCAUACAUACAUACACCUCAUACACAUACAUACAGCUACGUAGAUAUAAGCUUCUGACUCUUAUCCUAUCCUUUGAUAACAUUAGAUUGAUCAAUUAAUCCGUGUUUGUCCAUUCUUUAGGUAACAGUCACUGGCUCUGGAGGCACGUCUAAGCUUGAAAUAACAUUCAGCAUGGACUCAGAACGCGAGAUAGCGCAUUUAGCGACACAAUAUGCCGGUACCGAAAUUAACAUGAUACAGGACUACAAAGGGGUAAAUAAGUUCGUUUCCUUUUGUUUGCUCAAUUGUUUUUCGGAAAUUGUGGAAUCAUCCUCGCCAGUUAUUGAGAAUAAAACCAAAUAUUCAUUUUAUUUUAGUUUUUGCUUUUGUUUGUUUAAUUCUUGUUUAUUUGCAUGUAUUUUUUGUUUACUCUUUCUAUUGUUUUGUUUGUCUUGUAUUUGCAGGUGUGCUUCGAAUAUAUGUUUGAUUGACAUAACCAGCUCUUACCAGAAAAACUAGUUUUACCCAAAGGCACCCGACCAUUAGCAAAUGAAUGAGAUGCUAUAUAAUGAUAUGGGCAUUUUCUCCACAGGGAAAGACAUACACGAUUUACCCACAGGGAUGUUAUUCUUCACCGCUCGAGGGUAAAUUGUUUCCCCCUGACCAACUCAAGGGCUUACUGUUCGAAAGAGGUGGAAAACUUGGACUGAAUGGCGUCAAGGUUAAUGUGUAUGGAGGAAUGAUAGAUCAAGGCAAGUGAUGUACUUCUUUUGCAAAUAUUUCGGCGCACGAUCUAGAACCUACAUCAUUUCCUCAUAACUGAAAAAUGAAUUUCUUCAUAAGACUAUUCUUUUCUGAAAUGGACUCCUUUUCCUUUUGGUCGCAAAGAAAUUUAUUUUGAAUUCAGUUAAAUUGACCUGAAGAAAACAAACAAUAGAGACGAUGGAAAAAGCGGGAAAAAGGAAAAAAUGAAGGCAAAAAGUGAAGUCUCGGAAAAAUACAAGAGCGGCUAACGUUAGCCGGAUCGACAUCCUCUAUCGUUGUACGUCGAGAAUAUUAAUGUGUGCAAUCGUGCGUAGCAAAAGGAGAAGACACUUAACUAAACCUCAACGACAGUGAUGGAAAUGACAGAUCCUGAAAACGUGCUAUGAAUUUGUAAAUAGAUCGAAUUUUUCAUCGGUCGGUAAGGCACCAAAACAGAAAGAUAAAAAUUAGAUGAAGUACUUCAAGUAAUGGAUGAUGAUUUUGAUUGUGGAUGUUUCAACCUGCAGCCCACUGGAUUUUUACUUUCGAGGAUAGAGAAGUGUGCAUACCAGUCAGCUUUGGUUCAACGGAAUCGGGAUCUGCCACCUCUGGAAGGUAUUCAAUAGACUGUAAUUUUGUAAAGCACAUUCUGAUUGAGUUUUGCAACCAAAAGCCAGUAUAAUCACAACUAAUCGGAGCGAAAAAAAAUAUCAAAAUUAAGCCCCGAAGAGCUAUGAGCAAAAACAAGCUAAGUCGUAGCUCAUGAAAAUUUUGGCGACCAAGUCUUCAUCUAAUCCAGUUUUCACCCAAUUGGUUGAGAGGAUGGCGCAAGUUCGCUAGACCCAAUAUUGAGCCAAAUUAUUUCACUUUGUCGUUUGGCUUUCGCUUCGCAUGAUAUUUUUCUCACCAAAUCAUCUUUUAUUUUCCUUGUUUGAGCGGCGGAUCGCCACAGAAAAAGCAGCUCAGUAGUUUGCGUAGUUUGCGUACUCAUUUGAGGCGCAAGUGGGUAAUAUGCCAGAAGGGUCCAUUUUUCUGAUUUCCUUCUGCGACUUACAAAAAUCUCUGCACAAGUUCCCUUUAUGCCAAUGAAGUUCACUUGUGUACUUGCCAGUCUUUUAUCAGUCUCUCUAGCUUGCCUGCAAACCUAUGGCAUUUAUAGCAUCAACAACAACAACGAACACAAAACUCAAAUUACCAGAGACAAAAAAAAAAUGUGAACAACCUGCUCUGCAGGCUCGCGCAUGCCAUGUCGCACUUUUUGUUGUCAUUUUUGUUGUUGUUGUUAUCAUUGUUUUUGGUUGUUCUAACAUAGUUGGAUAGGUAGUGGUAUUUAAUUAACACAACUCAGAGAGGUUUUGUGAAAUCCAAUAUGUUAGAUGCUGCUGUAAAUCGUGCGAAUCGACUUCUGAUAGUCCGAACUGAAUAAAGUCACCUAAAAAAAUACCAGAUCAAUGCAGUUUCAAUCUCAAACUUUCUGUAUUAACAGUGUGGCUUAUUGACGAAUUUUUGUUUGUAUUAAGCUUUUUGGAUUUGAGCGAAAGCGUCGAUCCUGAAAAGCUUCAGAUCCCAGAAGAUUGUAAUGCUUCGCCGCAGCGUAGAUCCCUUCCAGACCUGCUACAUCCAAAAAAUAUUCAUACCGCGAGCGUACAAGCCGCUAUGAAAAGAGGAUUCGCCUGGCUCGGCACUCAAAGGGACCAGAAAAGAGGAUUCCCUUGGACUCAUUUUCAGAGGAGGGGAUUCCCUUGGACUAACUAAUCGGCAGCUUGCUGACAAAGAGUCAUUAUCUUGACCCGUCAAAGGAUAAUAGAGAACGGACAGUCCAACCUUUGCUCAGUCGAAUUACUUUUGAAUAAAUAGAUGAAUGUAGUUACCUCUUGAAAAUGAAAUUAAAGUUGAUUUG